AUGGAGAGGGAAAUGGAGGCAGCCGCCGCCGCCUCCGUGGAAGUGGACGCCGAAGACGGCGGAGAUAGCGGUGAAGAGGCGACACAAGCGGUGGCGGUUGGCGGAGUCGAAAGUCAUAGAAAAUCGGGUCGAGACAGAGUGAAGGGGCCUUGGUCUCCGGAAGAAGACGCGAUACUUAGUCGGCUAGUGAGUAAGUUCGGCGCGAGGAAUUGGAGCUUGAUAGCCCGAGGAAUCGAUGGACGAUCCGGCAAGUCUUGCCGCCUCCGAUGGGGUAAUCAGCUCGACCCCUCCGUUAAGCGCAAGCCCUUUACUGGUAUAUAUACUUUGAUCUGA